GUUCACGUCCCGCCGGCUCCUUUUCCUGCUGUUUCGGCACCUGUUCCUGGAUCUCGUCUCCAUCUGCCGCCGGUUCCGCCUGUUGCGGGGAUGGAGUUUGUGGCCGCGGGUGGUGGCGCGGCGGCGGCUCAGUAUGCUCUCCAAGUUGCUGCCGAUGAGCCGCUUCAGUUCCUGGCUGAGGCACUCCAGCCUCCGCAGACCCAUGUUCCCGAGGCGACACUCGGCCAGCUCCACCGCCUCGCGGACAGUCUCCACGCGUUGCUGCUGAUUCAGGUGCUUUCUCAUUCGUCCUUCGCCGUGAUUCCUCCUGAGACUUUCCGUGGCCGCCAUCGUGAAACUUGCCUGGACGCGGCAGACCAGCUCGCAGCGCUGGAGAAAGCGUUCUUCACGCCCUUGGAGCUCACCGCAUGUAGACGCGGGCUCCGGUUGCCCCAGUGA